CUCGCAUUCCCGCAGUACGAGCAAAAUAGUGAUAGAAAGCUGAGUAAAAUGUCUCUCCUGCCUUAUCUCUUCGACUACGACCACCCUCGCUGGCCAAGGCGACUCCUCGACCAAAAUUUCGGCUUAACUCUCUCUCCAGAAGAUGUAACAUCAGCUGCAAAUUUGAAUUCUCCCUUAAUCUCUCGAUUGAAACCGUGGUGGCCCGACGCAGGAUCUUCGAUUAAAACAGAAAAGGACAAAUUCCAGAUCAACGUAGACGUACAACAUUUCUCACCAGACGAAAUCACAGUCAAGACUUCCGAUGGCUUCAUCGUCAUCGAGGGGAAACAUGAGGAGAAAAAAGAUGAACAUGGGUUCGUUUCGAGACAAUUUUCGAGGAGAUUCAAGUUGCCUGAGGAUAUAAACGUUGAUGCUGUGCAGUCCAGGCUAUCUUCAGAUGGAGUUCUGACUGUAGUAGCUCCGAAAAAAACAGCUGUUGCUAAAGGCGAGAGAAUAGUUCCUAUCACACCUACGGGACCUAUAAGACAACUUGUGGAUGAAACUAAAAGUGAAGUUGUAAGUUAAUUGAUUUUGUAAUUUUAAGACUGUAUUUGUGUUUAUGUUAUUGUUUUUAUUACAAUAAAUUAUAUUAUUUAUUA